AGGAAGAGCCGCCGAGGGGUCCGUGAGGGGGGCCCGGUGGGAGUUCUGGGAGCCCGGGGCCGGGGCCGAGGCCGGGGCCGAGAGUGGCACCGGGGCCGAGAGUGGCACCGGGGGGAGACCUGACUCAAGCGGAGUGGAGCCACGGACUGGACCCAUGGCCCACAGCGCCAGGCAGCUGCCUGCUGCCAUGCUGCAUGCCACAGGCAAAGCUCAGCAUGGGAACUUCCUGGUGGCCAUCAAGCAGGAGAAAGGAGAGUCGACAAGGACAAGUGGUGAGAAGCCACACAGUGAGGAGGAGCCAGUGAAGAAGAGGGGCUGGCCCAAGGGCAAGAAGAGGAAGAAGAUCCUUCCGAAUGGCCCCAAAGCCCCUGUGACGGGCUAUGUGCGUUUUCUGAACGAGCGGCGUGAGCAGAUCCGCAUGCAGCAUCCUGACCUGCCCUUCCCGGAGAUCACCAAGAUGCUGGGGGCUGAGUGGAGCAAGCUGCAGCUUUCGGAGAAGCAGCGAUAUCUGGAUGAAGCGGAGCGGGAGAAGCAGCAGUACAUGAAGGAGCUACGGGAAUACCAGCAGUCAGAGGCCUACAAGAUGUGCACGGAGAAGAUCCAGGAGAAGAAGAUCAAGAAAGAGGAUGCAGGCUCUGCAGCCGUGAACACUCUGCUGAACGGGCACUUGCACAAGGCUGGCGAGUGCAGUGAUACCUUCUCCACCUUUGAUGUGCCCAUCUUCACGGAGGAGUUCUUGGACCAAAACAAAGCCCGGGAGGCUGAGCUGCGGCGCCUGCGGAAGAUGAACACGGAGUUUGAGGAGCAGAAUGCCAUCUUGCAGAAGCACACGGAAAGCAUGAACUGUGCCAAGGAGAAGCUGGAGCAGGAGCUGGCCCAGGAGGAGAGGCAGACCCUGGCCUUGCAGCAGCAGCUCCAGUCCGUGCGGCAAGCCCUCACCGCCAGCUUCGCCUCCCUCCCCAUCCCCGGCACUGGGGAGACCCCCACACUGAGCACUCUGGACUUCUACAUGGCCAAGUUGCACAGCGCCAUUGAGAGCAAUCCGCUGCAGCAUGAGAAACUGGUGGUGCGCAUCAAGGAGAUCCUGUCCCGGAUAGCCAGUGAACACCUGUGAAGAGGACCAGUCCUUCCCCGAGCCUGGGGCUGGCCGGACCACGGUCCUGUCCCUUGGAGCUCAUGCAAGAGACAGUCUCUGCUGGUGGUCCAGCUGCUUCCCCCUCCACCCCGUGCACCUCGCUGGAGAAGAGAGAUGGCACACCCAGCUUGCACCAUCUCCGAGGACCUUGAGCUUCUGGGGACCAAGUGGUGACAGGGUUGAGAGCCCCCAUCCGGAGCAGUGCUGAGUGCGGUGGUCAGCGGUGGGCAUGAGCAUCCCCCACCCUCUUGCCUCGCUGACUGGGGCCACCCCUCAGGCUGCCUGGUGGCAGAAGAGGUGCCUGUGGGUUGCUAGCCUGGAGUCAAUCAGCCUCUUUCAGGAGCUGCUGUGAGCCAGGCUGAGAUGGGAGGAAGGUAGCCGGGUGCCCAGGCCCCUGGAUCCGCCCCAGGAGCCUCUUGUCCCCCAUUCUGCAGCAGGCAAGGUGGCAGGCUUUCUUCCUCUCACUUUAUUUAAUCUUUCUGCUUUCACCUGUGGGUGCCUUCAGCCCUGUACGGGUCACCCUGCCUGUCACCCCCGUCCCCUGUGCCUCUGGGACCAGGCAGGGCAGUUCCUGCCCUUGGCAGCCGUGAAGGCAGAUAGUCUUCAUGGCAGAGGGGGAGCAGGGACCGACCCCGUCCCCACCCUGGGAGACGAUGGAUGGGGCAGUGCCCAGGCUUUUGGCGCUCUCUGCCCGAGCCUGUCCUGCAUUGUGGGACCAUCGAGGCUGUCUGUGUCCUGGCCGUGUGGUGCUGGGGUCGGCUGUCCCGGGGCCUGCCUGUCACUAAUCUCAGACUGUAAUUAGAGAGUGUCUUAUUUUCUUACUAGCACUACAUUGAUCCGGCCCUGGGUUUAACCCGGGGCUGGUGCGCAAUCGCUUUCUCUCGCCUGCG